UCUCUUCACCUCUGUGUCCUCUUGUAACAGAAUGAAUAUUACUGUAGGUUAGACUUUCUGUGGAAGAACAAAUUCAAGAAGGAGUGUGAGGAGAUCGAAACCAUGGAAAAUCUCAACCGGGUUUUACUGGAGAACGUCCUGCCCGCUCAUGUGGCGGAGCACUUUUUGGCACGAAACUGGAAAAAUGAGGAUCUGUAUCACCAAUCCUAUGACUUGGUUUGUGUGAUGUUUGCAUCGAUCCCAGACUUUAAAGAGUUUUAUACUGAGUCAGACGUCAACAAAGAGGGCUUAGAGUGCCUCAGGCUUCUCAACGAGAUCAUUGCUGAUUUUGAUGAGCUGCUGUCAAAGCCUAAGUUCAGUGGAGUGGAAAAGAUCAAGACCAUUGGCAGUACUUACAUGGCUGCUACAGGGCUCAACACAGCAUCUGGGCCAGAGUACACUAUGCAGGAACAUGACAGGCAGUACAUGCACAUUGGGACCAUGGUGGAGUUUGCGUUUGCGUUGGUGGGCAAACUGGAUCUUAUAAAUAAACAUUCCUUCAAUGACUUCAAGCUGAGAGUUGGUAUAAACCAUGGUCCAGUGAUUGCAGGAGUCAUUGGAGCCCAAAAACCCCAGUAUGACAUUUGGGGGAAUACAGUGAAUGUAGCAAGCAGAAUGGAUAGCACUGGGGUCCUGGGAAAGAUACAGGUGACAGAAGAGACCAGUCACAUCCUCCUGGCUCUGGGAUACAUGUGCUCAUGCAGAGGCAUCAUCAACGUCAAGGGCAAAGGAGAUCUACAGACCUACUUUGUGCACACGGAGAUGACCCGCUCACUGUCCCAGGGCAACGUCAUGCCCUAAGACUCCAGAAAACUGGCUAUGUUUACACUGGCACAACUGACAGACUAUCUGUGACAGGAAAUGUUUGUUCCUGUCGGACCUAUUAAGUUACAAAGUGAAUCAGAUCUGGGAUACAAAGAGAAUCAAUAGAACUGGAGCCUCACGGCAGUGCUCCCCUGCUGUAGAAUACAUUUAACACUUUUGUAAGUGAACAUGUAGCAUGUGCCGCAGGAGUAGGCUCCCUCUGAACUCAUCAAGAAUGGAUUCAGAUUAGCAAGAGUA